AUGAACAUAGAAGUGUGCCAAAUUUGUGAGAACAAGAACGAGACAGCGUCAGAGAAUUGGGUUCAGUGUGACGUUUGCGGAAGGUGGUACCAUUUUGAGUGUGCCGGCGUAGAGGACGACAUUGAGAGCAAGGACUGGAGUUGCGAUUUCUGCCUAGCGGGUUGCAGCCACAUAGCACCGUACGGCAGUAUGCAAAGAUCACCGGUACAGCCUCAAACACGCGAAGACGCAAUGGCCACCCCCGAACCGCACGACAAAGCGCUAGCUGUCGAUACUCUAAUCGAUAUGGCCGGCAGCGGAGAGAACACACACGCGCAGGAAGGAAAUCCGGAAAGGAAUAGGAACCAAUUGCUUUUAAAGAUGCUAGAGGAGAAAAGGCAAUCGGAGGCAAAGUUUAUAGAAGAAAAGUAUAAACUUCUCAUGCAGAUGAAUCCCACUGAUGUACCGGAAGCCGGGAUGGUUCGAGCUAUAGAUUCACCAACGAGCAGUCAAAUAGCGGCCCGGCAAGCUAUACCAAAAGAUCUUCCAACAUUCAGUGGAGAUCCGGAGGAGUGGCCGUUAUUUAUCAGCACGUUCGAACACAGCACCACAGCAGCUGGAUACACCAACGUGGAAAACAUGCUACGUCUGCAAAAGUCGCUUAAAGGAAAGGCUCGUGAACUGAUUAGGGAUAAACUUCUACUUCCGAACCUAGUUCCAGAUGUCAUCAGCACUCUGAAGAUGUUCUUCGGCAGACCAGAGCAUAUCCUAGAAAGAAUGGUGGAAAAGGUGCGAAGACUGGCACCACCCAAAGACAGAUUGGAGGCGUUAAUAGAGUACGCGCUAGCAGUUCGCAACGUCUGUGCGAUUAUGGAGGCAUGCGAUCUGAAGGCACAUCUUAACAAUCCAAUGCUGGUUAAGGAGCUCGUAGAUAAGCUUCCCAACCAACACAAGCUAAAUUGGGCAAUGCAACCUCGCGAUGAUAGGAUAGCAGCAGUUAAAGCAUUCAGCGAUUGGUUGUACAAGAUCGCAGAGGCAGCAUCUUCAGUAGUGGCGCCAUCGUUUUACAAAUCAGGCGCAGUUAACACUCACAACAGUCGCGCAACGCAAGGACAAGCACGAUCGAACGCAAGCCAAACGGAAGCAGCUCAGCAGCAAGUUCAAUCGGGGUGCGUGGCGUGCGGCGACAUCAGUCACCGCCCACCACAAUGUCAGGUGUUCUUGAACCUCGACACGCAGCACAGGUGGCAGAUAAUCACAUCGAGUAAAGCAUGUUUCUGCUGCCUCAAAGUACAUCGCAAUAGAUGCCGAACCGGAAACUGUGGAAUUAACGGAUGUACAAGGCGGCACCAUGAGCUACUUCACACGGAACAAGGCAGUACACAAAAUCUCGUGAGUACGCAUCAAGACGACAACUACGGAAGUCAAUUCUUUCGCAUCAUUCCAGUUAAGCUACGCAAUGGCAGCAGGAUGAUCGAAAUCUAUGCAUUCCUAGACGAAGGAUCAUCCGUGACUUUAGUAGACGCAUCUGUAUUCCAAAGAUUAGGAAUACAAGGCCAAGCUGCGCCAAUGUGUUUACAGUGGACCGCAGAAACAACUCGAAUUGAGAGCGAAUCCGUAAAAGCAUCAGUCCAAAUCUCUGAAACCAAUUCCGAUAGAUUUUAUUGGUUGAACAACGUCCAGACCGUUCAGAACCUAGCACUGCCAAAACAGACAGUCGAGAUGAAAGAACUACGUAGCAGAUUCCAGCAUCUGAGAGACUUACCGCUAGAGUCCUAUUCUGCCCAGCCGACAUUGCUAAUCGGGUCGAAUAAUUGGAAGCUAGCAGUCCCUCGCAGGAUCCGAGAAGGGAAAUGGAACGAACCGAUAGCAUCGAAGUGUAUGCUAGGAUGGACCAUCCAAGGAUCGACGAACCCCCAACGAUCUAUUGUCAUGCAUCACUGCGACUGCGAUUGGCAGGAGCUUCAUGACGAUAUCAAGAACCAUUACAGCCUUGAGACGCUCGUACCACGUAAGCUAUAUUCAGCCGAAGAUAAGCUAGCAGUCAAAAUAUUAGAGACCACCUGCCAAGAGAAGUCAGGAAAAUACGAAGUCGGUUUUCCGUGGCGUGGUGGCAUCGACAAACUGCCAGAGAGCCGCGGUAACGCUCUGAAACGCCUUACCUGCAUAAAGAAAAAGGUAUCUCAGGAACCUGAUAUGUACGACAAGAUUGACGCCCAAGUCAGGAACCUUCUAGACAAAGGAUACGCGGUUAAGCUAUCCAAGGAGGAAACCUGCCGUGAGAACAGCCGUACGUGGUAUCUGCCGAUAUUCAUAGCGCGAAAUCCAAAUAAGCCGAGUAAGCUAAGACUGGUAUGGGAUGCAGCCGCGAAGUCACACGGAUGUGCACUGAAUGACUACUUACUUAAGGGACCAGAUUGCCUGAACCCACUCAUAGAGGUCUUACUAGCCUUUCGUGUCAACAAGAUUGCGAUUUGCGGAGACAUUGCGGAAAUGUUUCACAGGAUCAACAUCCGUGAGGAGGAUAUGCACGCGCAACGAUUCUUGUGGUAUGACAGAAGCAGCGAUAAAGUAGAAACCUAUGUUAUGCGGGCUAUGACUUUUGGGAUCAGUUGCGCACCAUUCAUCGCUCACUUCGUUCGAGACAAAAAUGCAGAAGCCCAUCAAGAAGAUUUCCCAUUGGCCUUAAACGCCAUCCAAAAGGCGCACUACGUCGACGACUACAUCGAUAGCAUGAGGAACGAACAGGAGGCCAUCCAGACCACCAGACAAGUCAUAGAGGUUCAUCGAAGAGGCGGAUUCGAGAUCCGCAACUGGUCUUCUAAUUCAAAAGAAGUCCUUAAGAGCUUGCAAAGUAAUGGCAAUGUUGGUAGCCAAGAACCUGUGGAUUUUUGUUCGACUGAAAAGAUACUUGGUAUGUCCUGGGACCCACAUAAGGAUGUGUUUAAGUUUCUCUGCAGAUUUGCAAGGCUGAAACGCGACGUCCUGGCAGAAAACAUAGUCCCGACCAAGCGAGAAGUUCUGCAAGUCCUUAUGUCGAUCUUCGAUCCAUUAGGAUUCUUGUCGUGCCACACGAUUGGGCUGAAAAUACUUCUCCAGCGUAUAUGGCGGCUAAAUAUCGACUGGGAUCAGGAGCUGCCCGAGAAGAUUCUGGAAGACUGGCGCCUUUGGAAAACUCUUUUAGGGAAAAUCAGGAUUUUCGAGGUGCCGAGAUGCUUCUCCCCAGACACAUCAGAUCCACGCCAAACGGAGCUCCACACAUUCGUCGACGCCAGCGAGUAUGCGUAUUCUGCUGUCUGCUACUUGCGUGUAGCAAUGGAUGCCAAAGUCGACGUCUCUUUGGUGAUAGCGAAGUCGAAGGUGGCACCUUUAAAACCACUCUCGAUUCCGCGUAUGGAGCUGCAGGCAGCAGUUAUGGGAGCACGCUUAGCCCACAAGGUGAUGAGCACGCGCAACCUGCGGAUCGACAACGCCACAUACUGGUCAGAUUCAAAGACAGUACUGCAGUGGCUGACUAUGGACCCCCGUAACUUUCAUCAGUUCGUGAUGCACAGAGUCGCCGAAAUCCUGGAAACAACGCAAGUCGAGCAAUGGCGGUGGGUACCCUCGAAGCUGAACGUAGCAGACGGAGCUACAAAGAUCACCGACCAAACCCAGCAGAAGACGUGGAUAACGGGGCCAGGGUUCCUAAAAGCUGAAUCCAGCCAUUGGCCAACAUCGACAAAGCAGGAGAGCAUCAUCGAUACUUCAGAAAUACGGAAGCAUGUGAUGACAACGUGCGCGAGAUCAGUGGUUAUGUUCAAUGCGCACCAUUUCUCGAGCUGGCGGCGGAUGUAUAGAGCAGUAGCGAUAAUAUUCCUGUUCGUCGAUCGGUUACGAGCGAAAUGCGCCAAGCAAGACAUGCCAACAGCCACGACGAUGGACCAUGUGAGGAAAGCGAAAAUACUACUUUAUAAGCAAUCCCAAGCCAUCGCCUUCGCCGAAGAAUCGAAAGUGCUAUCCGUGGGAGCGACGCUGCGCAAAGGAAACAGAUUGGUCGGAUUGAACGCAUAUGUAGACAACGAUGGAGUACUGCGGACUAGAGGCAGACUGAACUCAAUUGACAUAGCUGAAGACGCAAUUAUACUAGCUCCAGGAUGCCGGAUAACUAACCUAAUAGUGAGGAGCUUUCACGAGAAGUACCAUCAUCUUGCUCACGAGACUGCAAUAAACGACAUCAAGGCUUCGUUUUACAUCAGCCGCCUCCGAGUGUUGUAUAAAUCCGUGCGGAGUACAUGCCAACGAUGCAAGGUUGACAGUGCAGCUCCCAGACCACCCCAGAUGGCACCGAUUCCGAGAGCGAGAAUAGGAAGCUUCCAGAGACCGUUUACUUACACAGGCGUCGAUUAUUUUGGCCCGUUAUUGGUGAACGUCGGCAGGCGCAAAGAGAAGAGAUGGGUAGCUCUGUUCACCUGCCUCACGUUGCGCGCGGUGCAUUUCGAGAUCGCCUAUAGUCUGGACACAAGUUCAUGCAUCAUGUGCCUCUCCAAUUUUAUGGCACUUCGAGGGACUCCGAAGGAAAUAUUCUCAGACAAUGGUACGAACUUCAGAGCCACGGAAAAAGCCGUGCGAGAAGAGCUGAAAAAGAUCGAGCACGAUAAGAUCACCAUUAAGUUCGAUGGCAUAAAGUGGCGAUUCAACCCACCAGGAGCACCACACAUGGGCGGAGCAUGGGAGAGACUCGUCCGUACAACAAAAGGAAUUUUGAAAAACAUUUGCCCAAGUUACUCCUUCAACGACGAGGGCCUGAGAAACGCCUUGAUGGAGGCGCAAUUUAUCAUCAACUCGCGACCGCUCACGUUCGUAAGUCUGAACACUGAGGAUGACGCCGCUCUGACCCCGAACCACCUAUUGUUGGGGUCAGCGAAUGGAUACAAGCCACUGCCAAAAGAAGGGAUGAAUCUGCAGCGUAGAUGGAUUGAGACUCAGCGCUUCGGGGACCGUUUUUGGCAGCGAUGGAUUAAAGAGUAUGCGCCCGUAUUAACCAGGCGCACCAAAUGGUUCGAGAAGGUACCUCCCAUAACCAUUGGGAGCAUCGUAGUCAUCGUAGAUGAGCUUCUACCCAGGAACUUGUGGCUAAAGGGACGAGUGAUCGACACAAUGAAGGCCAAGGAUGGACAAGUUCGACGAGUAACUAUAAAGACCCAGCACGGCAUUUUGGAAAGACCAGCAACGAAGAUAGCGGUUUUGGACGUCGGCUUGGAGGAUGGUAACUGA